AUGUUCGGUGCACUCAAUCGAUUUAUUGGCCGGCUUGACGGUGAGCCCAUCCAACAAGCUCGAAAUGGACCUAGUGACAACGCCUUUGGAUUUCAAGUGCUCCGCAACAAAGACCCAGAGCUACCUUUGGAGCCAUGGUUCGAUUUCAUUGUGGGAAUAAAUGGCCAUUCGAUUGAAGAUCCAGACCCAAAUCUGUUUGCGACAGAGGUUCGCAACUGCGCCGGAACCAGCUUGACCCUGGAGGUCUGGAGUGCUAAAGGUCAACGAACACAUACCUUCAAUGUCCCGAUACCCUCCGCCAAUCCAUCCCUCGGUCUCGCGCUACAGCUUGCCCCUCUUAACUCUACGCAAAACAUCUGGCAUGUCCUUGCAAUCCCAUCGUCUCUGAGCCCUGCCUUCCGCGCAGGGCUUCUCCCCCAUUCAGACUACAUUAUCGGAACCCCAAGCGGGACAUUACGCGGGGAAUCUGCGCUUGGGGAGCUAGUGGAGGACCACCUUGAUCGGACUCUGAUAUUAUGGGUCUAUAACAGCGAAUUUGAUGUCGUUAGGGAAGUAGAGCUUGUUCCCACUCGUGGCUGGGGAGGUGAGGGUGCCGUGGGUGCUGAAUUGGGAUAUGGUGCCUUGCACCGACUUCCCGUCGGGCUGGGAGAGGAGGUGGAAGGUCCUGGUGAGGUUGUUUUUGAGACGCGCGAUGAUGAAACCUCCUCGCCAGUGCCCAAUCCUGCUGGUCCUGGGGUAGCCGCUGGAGCUGCUGAACACUUCUUAGUACCGGCAAACAUGGCAUCUAUCCCGCCUCUCGCAGCUCAGACACAAGUCACUUCUCCUCCAGAAGGUAGAUCACCUUCGAACCGCCGGGGCAAAUCGCGCCACGGGGCGUCGCCCAACAAUGCGUUUGAUGAUUACUUUGCCGAAGGUGAACAGAAGAGUCGGGAGCAGGACUUUGCGCCUUCGCGAAAGGGGACCCCUCUUCCACCACCCCCUAAAGUGGGUAUACCACCCCACACCACCGGUACUCCAGCACCUGCAGCAGAAGAACCUGUGGAGGGAUCUCCGGGGCCAACCCAAUUUGCGUGA